AUGCAAGAGAACACAAAAUAUGAGUACAAAGGGGAAGAUGGGAAUAGAGAACCUGUUGACGGGGGAUUUUCUAUCACUAUCUAUACGGCAGAGGAGAGAUCCUCUCCUGUGUUGCCUCGGACAAGCCCUGACCAGCAAUGCUGCCAGACACUCCUCUGUGCAUGGGCCAGGGCCAGGCGCACCUUGAAAGUCAGAUGGACCACCUUCAAAGCCGCCUACAAAGCCCGUGAUGAUCUCCUCUGGUGGCAUAAUCUUGCACAAUGCAACGCCGGAGAGCUCUCCAUGGCCUAUGUCCAGGCUAAUCAUCUGAUGGAGGACCAUUGUCGCGUAGAGUCAUCUCCUACCCUCGGCACCUUCGUCGGUAUAUUUGAUGGUCACGGUGGCCCCGAAGUCGCCCGCUUCACUGCUGAGCAUCUCUUCCCUAAUCUCCAACCCAAAGCCACGUGUCGCAAGCAGGCUGUGACAGCUGAAACCAUCAGGAUGGCAUUCCUGGACACAGAUGAAAGCUUCAUUGCUCUUGUGGAGAAACAAUGGGCAGUCACGCCUAACCUUGCCGCCGUCGGGUCAUGCUGCCUCGUCGGCGUCGUGCACCAGCGGACUCUCUUCGUCGCCAACCUUGGGAACUCCCGAGCUGUUCUCGGAAAAGUUGAUCUCAACGGGGGGAUUUGCCCAGUGCAGCUGUCCACUGAACAUGUUGCCUCUGAUGAGAAUGUCAGGCAGGAGCUCAGGGCUCAGCACCCCGAUGAUCCACAUAUUGUGGUGCUUAAGCAUGAUCACUGGAGAGUGAAAGGCAUCCAACAGGUGUCGAGAACAAUAGGUGACGCAUACUUGAAACACCAGCGGUUUAACAGGGAACCACUCCAUAGUAGGUUCAGGCUUAGGGAACCAUUCAGCCGGCCUAUAUUGAGUGCUGAACCAUCUAUCAUCUCAUACAGUCUUAAACCAAGCGACCGUUUCAUCAUAUUUGCAUCCGAUGGCCUGUGGGAGUUCUUGAGUAAUGAGGAAGCCAUCGAGAUUUUCACAAAAAUGAGCGUAGUGGAAUUGCAAGAAGGCUUAUAG